AUGGAUGACGUCCUCGAACAUUGGGGCAACAUCCGAACGAGUCAAUGGUCACAUGAUGCACAACGACAUGUCGAUGAGUUCAUGGAUUGUGCCCAUGGAGAAGGAUGGGAAGACGAAUUCUUCCAAGCACUACGAGAAAGAAGAUCAGCUAUGGAAGAAGUCCAGUCAAGUGUCCAACCAGAACCCCAACCAGAUACAAAUGUCAACAGUGGAUUUAUGCUGCAAUUCGAAGCAGCAGAAGUCCAGCAUAUCAUCUACAUUGAAUCAGACCCAUCAGAAGCAGGCAGCAGUGAUGACAAUGAUGACGAUGACCACAUCGAUGAUGACCAAAGCAUCAGAUAUAGCAGCGACAUAUCCGACAUCCUCAGAAACCCAGACAAAUACAGAGUUACAAUGCCCGGAGUUCCUAGACCUAUGGAACAAAAUAAUGAAGAAUAUGAGUACAGGGACAGACCUUUUAGCCCUGUGGGAAGAGGAAGUAAUGAAGAGGGAUCUGGAAAUGACGGAGAUGGAAUCGACUGA